GGCUGGGUCAGGCCGGGUCAGGCGCGUGUGCCCGUUACAGCCGAGCGUUUGCUGUCACAUAAACGGGACAGCGCGAACGCUGCGUUAGUCACCAGGGACCAAGGGGCGCCGCGAGGUCCCAGCCCGCCCGCAGGCCCGUGGGGACGCCGGGUGGGCAGCGCUGAGGACGGGCGCGGGGCUGCGGCAGUCGCCUGCUGAGAGGUGCGGGCGGCGGCCGAGCCCAAGGACAGCUGUUGGGGGAGACCCUCUCUCGCCUGGACAACCCCCUGGAGAAGCAGCUGUGAGCGCGGAUCAGGGCGUUGAUCGCUACGCCCGCGCUGACCCACGAAACCACGGGCAUACAAGCCUAGGCUCCCGGUGGGGGUCGCACGGAUCCCUAACGGAGCGGGAAGGGCUGUGGGAGGGUGAAACACCCCAAGUACUGCGGCGGCCGUGACACCGUGACGCAGCUGAUGGCAGGAGAGGUGCUUCGGUGAAGCUAGAGGAAAGCCCGGCAGCACCUGUGGGCUACUGCUGCGGUAGCGGGACGAGCGCGGAGCCUUCUCCGCCUCCGCCCCUCUCCGCCCACUGUGCCCGCCGACCGCCGAACGCGUCACCGCCGCCUCCCUCCCUCCCUCUCUCCCGCCCCUCCGCAGGCAGCGGCCCUUGCCGGGCGCCACUCGGCCCGACUCCGCCUGCGCGCUGGGGCCGCCAUCUUCGGUCACCAUAGUGACGGCUCCCGGGGACGCCAGUACGCUCCGGGCCUCUCCUCCUGUGCUCCGCCGUCCUUCCCACCAGCUCUUCUCCCGCCGGUCCCUCCAUGUGCUCCCGAGGGGCUCUGGAUCCGCCUCUGCCUUGAUCCUGCCUGAGAGGGUGCGCCCGGCAAGCAUGGCCGGGGAGGGAGACCCGAGGAAGCGCUUUAUCUCAGCCACGGCUGCGAACUACUUCGGGCUGGAUCCGGCAUGCUGUGCUGCCCUGGCGGCGGGGCUCCACUCCCGUCCGGAGCUGAGCAGCUUCCUCGACGACGGCAACGAGUUCCUGCUCGUGGUACAGCACUCGGGCGCGCAGCUCACCACCUCCAAUAAGAUUGAGGCUACUGAUUCAGAGAAUAACGUGUUGGUGUUCUUUAAGCUGAGACCUGAUGUAAUUACAGAAGAUAAUCUUCAUAGUAAUAUUCUUGUCUCAUCUAUGCUAAAUUCUCCAAUUAACACCCUUUAUCAAGCUGUACGUCAAGUUUUUGCACCAGUGCUACUGAAGGAUGAGAGAUGGAGUAAAACAUUUGAUCCCAAACUUCAGAAACUUUUAAGUGAACUUGAAGCUGGCUUGAGUACUGCUCUCAGAAGAUCAGAUCCUAAUUACACAGGAACAAAAUUCUGUGAAGAUGAUGUGCGAGCUAUACUUACACCAACAGAUGAAUUUCAGUUCUGGAUAGAAUGUGCUCGUCAUGGAAGUAAAUGGUGUAGUAAAGAGAGAGCUUCAUAUUUUAAAGACCUAUUUGAGGACAUUGCAAAAGAUUAUUACAACUUGGAUACUCUAUCAUUAUUUGAAGCUGUGGAUUUGGUGGAGAGUACCAAGGAUACUGUUGAUGGUGUGUGGAGACAAACAGAACAUGAUCCUUAUCCACAGUCACGCAUGCAUAAUCUCUUGGAUGUAAUAGGUGGCUCGCUAGGUAGAUAUGUUCAGAGAAAAUUAGCAACUUUGAAUUUGUGGGAGGAUGCUUUUCACAGUGUUAAAGAAAAUAUAAAGGCUGGCAUCUUGAUUUGUGAGCAGUGGGUAUCAGCUUGUGAAUACUUAACUGGACAGCUGUGGCAACGUUAUACUCUACAUCCAUGGAAAAAUGAGAAAUAUUCCCCUGAAUUGCUAGCCAAACUUGGCAAACGUCUUGAUGAGGUGCUAACUGUUAGAACACUGCAUGAAAAACUUACAUUCUUUUUGCCAGCUGGAGAACAAAAUUCUUUACAUCCUGCUCAAGUGUUUGAACCCUUUACUGGCCUAAAUCCUGUACACUACAAUCCUUACACAGAGCCAUUAUGGAAAGCAGCCAUCGUUCAGUAUGAAAGAAUUAUUGCACCAGCAGAACAAAAAAUAGCAAGCAAAUUGAAGAAAUUUAUUUCAGAAAUUCAGGACAGUCCUCAGCAGCUUCUUCAAAUAUUUCAGAAACAUAAGGAACUGAUAAAGCAUCCAAAUAUAAGCAAAGAAUUGCUUUUUGAAAGGGAAACAUUGCUGGCAGGACUUCAAGAUUAUGUCAAAGACUAUCAGACAGACUUUGAAACUCGAUGCCAUGGUGUUCCUGGUGAUGUUUCUGGACCACUGUCAGGCAAGAACCUUUCUGAAGUUGUCAAUAAUAUUGUAUGGGUACGGCAGCUGGAACUGAAGGUGGAUGAUGCUAUCAAGCUGGCAGAGGCACUUCUGUCUGACUUAUCUGGAUUUCAAAAUUUUCAUCGAAGUGCAGAUUCUUUUCUGGAACAGUUAAAAGUGUAUGAACAAGAACAAUUUGAUGACUGGUCUAGGAAUAUCCAGUCAGAAUUAUCAAAUUCCAAGUCAGGACUUUGUAUCCAAGCUAAUAGCCCUGUGAUGGAGUUGGAUCACAUUUCUGGAACAUUGAAUAUACUUUAUUCUGAUCGUUUGGUGACUCUCUUAAGAGAAGUACGUCAGCUAUCAGCACUUGGAUUUGCUAUACCAACUAAAAUACAGCAUGUUGCAAACACUACACAAAAGUUCUGCAAGCAGGCAGUCAUCCUUAAACAGGUGGCACAUUUUUAUAAUUCUAUUGAUCAACAAAUGAUUAAGAGUCAGAAGCCAAUGAUGUUACAGUCUGCUCUAGCAUUUGAACAGAUAAUUAAGCAUUCAAAAUCUGGUCCUGGAGGAAAAGCUCAAAUAACAUGGGAUAAUCCCAGAGAACUGGAAGCUUAUAUCCAAAAACUUCAAGCUGCUGCUGAACAGCUUUCCACUGAAAAUAGAAAACUAAGGAAGUGGCACACAAACUUCAUUGAAAAGGUUAUAUCGCUUAUGAAUAUUGAUCUACUUCGGCAGCAGCAGCGUUGGAAAGAUGGACUCCAGGAGCUCAGAACUGGUUUUGCCAGCCUCGAGUCACAGGGUUUCAAAUCGAAUGAUAUGAAAGCUUGGAGACAACACUGGAAUCAUCAACUUUACAAAGCUCUGGAGCAUCAGUAUCAAAUGGGCUUAGAAGCACUCAAUGAGAAUUUACCAGAGAUAAAUAUUGAUCUAACAUUCAAACAAGGCCGGUUGCAAUUCAGACCUCCUUUCGAAGAAGUACGAGCUAGAUAUUACAGAGAAAUGAAGAGAUUCAUCUCUAUUCCAAAUCAGUUUAGGGGAGUAAGUGAAGCAGAUGAUGAAUCUAUAUUCACUGUUAUGACUGAAAGAAAUGCAAGUGGAUUUCUGACUGCUUUCAGUAAAGCAGAGGAUUUAUUCAGAAGGCUGACAGACGUUUCUAAUCAAUUCAAGGAAUGGAUCGUAAUUGGCCAAGUAGAUAUGGAAUCUUUGGUGAAAACACAUCUUUCUAGCAAGCAGGACUGGGAAAAAAACUUUAAGGCAUUAAAAGUGAGAGGGAAAGAAGCAGAACGUCUUCCAAGCACCAUCAGGAUAGAUUGUUUAACUGUCAAUUGCAACCCUGUGAAAACUGUAAUUGAUGAUUUCAUCCAGAAGUUGUAUGAUGUUCUUGUCAUUUCUUUGAGGAAAUCUAUUCAAGCUCACCUUUGUGAUGUUUCUUCAUUUCUCACCGAUGCCAUGGAAACAUUAGUGAUUAGGCCCCAGACUGUAGAGGAAAUAGCAGAAGACAAUUUAAAAUAUUUAAGCCUACAUGAACGAAAAGAAGGGAUUUUUCUCCUGUUUCAAGAGGCUGAAGAUAAAAACAAACUUCUGCGAACUGUGGCUGGUGCAGGUUUGAACACUAUCAGUAGCCUAAGAGCUACAUGGGAUAAAUUUGAAUUAAUGAUGGAAAGCCACCAGCUUAUGAUUGCAGAACAGAUUGAAAUGAUGAAAGGAAAUGUGAUUUCACGUAUUAAUAUGUAUCUUCAAGACCUGGAAAAAUUUAAAGCGCGCUGGGAUCAACUAAAGCCAAGUGAUGAUGUCAUUGAAACAGGAGAUCAGGAUGUACUUGAGAAAAGUGCUCAGAUCAUAAAGGAAAAAAAAAAAGAAUUUGAUGAACUCGAAACUGUGAAAGAAAAACUCAUUGAAGAAUGCCAUCAUUUUAAAUUGGAAGAGCCUGACUUCUCAUUGUCAGAAGUUGUAAGUCAAGAUAUUAAGAGUUGUGCAGAAGUCUGGGCACUGUAUGAAGAGUUUUAUCAAGGUUUUCAGGAAAAAGCCAAAGAAGACUGGAUUACUUUUAGAAGUAAAACACACCUAUUUGAAGAAUUUUUGUUUCACUGGCAUGACAAAAUGAGGAAGAUGGAAGAACAUACUGUAAUGACAGUAAAGUUGCAAAAAGAAGUGGACAAAUAUAAAAUGAUAAUUCCACUCCUAAAAUAUGUCAGGGGAGAACAUCUUUCUCCAGACCAUUGGCUGGAUCUCUUUCGUCUUCUGGGUCUUCCCCGAGGCACUACACUUGAGGGCUUGCUAUUUGGAGACCUAUUGAAAGUGACAGAUGCCAUUAUAGAAAAAGCAAUGGAACUUAAGGAUUUGAACUGUCGAGCCCAAGGUGAAAUCUCAAUCAGAGAAGCAUUACGUGAGCUUGAACUCUGGGGAGUCGGAACUGUCUUUAUGUUAACAGAUUAUGAAGACAGCCAAGGCAAGACUAUCAGGCUUAUUAAAGACUGGAAGGACAUAGUCAACCAAGUUGGAGAUCAUCGCUGUCUUCUACAGUCUCUUAAGGACUCUCCAUAUUACAAAGGUUUUGAAGAUAAAGUGUCCAUCUGGGAAAAAAAGCUAGCUGACUUGGAUGAGUAUCUGCAGAAUUUAAACCAAAUUCAAAGGAAAUGGGUCUAUUUGGAACCGAUAUUCGGUCGUGGAGCUCUACCCAAAGAACAGGCUCGUUUUAACAGAGUUGAUGAAAACUUCAGAUCCAUUAUGUCAGAUAUCAAGAGUGACAAUAGGGUAACAUCACUGAAUGCCCGGACAGGAAUAAAAAAUACCUUAAUUACCAUACUUGACCAGCUUCAGAGAUGUCAGAAAUCUUUGAAUGAGUUUUUGGAGGAAAAGCGCUCAGCAUUUCCAAGAUUCUAUUUCAUUGGAGAUGAUGACUUGUUAGAAAUUUUAGGACAGUCCACGAAUCCCCUGGUUAUUCAGUCUCAUCUUAAGAAACUUUUUGCUGGCAUUAAUAGUGUGAACUUUGAUAAAGAAUUUAAACACAUAAUUGCCAUGAAGUCUGUAGAAGGAGAAACUGUGCCACUUAGAAAUAAAGUUCUUCUGUCAAAUGAUGUGGAGGUGUGGCUAAACAGUUUGGCUUUGGAGAUGAAGGAGACCCUGAAAAAAAUGUUAAUUGACUGUGUUAAUGCUGGAAAAAAAUCACAAGGUUCAAUUGAUCCAUCCCUCUUCCCUUCCCAGAUUCUUUCCUUGGCAGAACAAAUUCAGUUCACUGAAGAUGUUGAAAGUGCUAUAAAAACCCAUAAUCUACAACAAUUAGAAUUAGAACUCAUGGCUAAACUGGACCAUUAUACUAACAUUGGUAGUGGCAUAGAAAAUACUGGGAGUACAGAAUCAGGAAUCCUUGAGCUUAAGCUUAAAGCUCUGAUUCUUGAUAUCAUUCAUAACAUUGAUGUGGUGAAGCAACUGAAUCAAGCUCAGAUUCAUGAUAUUGAAGACUGGGCUUGGAAGAAGCAGCUGAGAUUUUAUAUGAAAGACCAAAAAUGUUAUGUUCAGAUGGUAGAUGCUGAACUCCAAUAUACUUAUGAAUAUCAGGGUAAUUCCCCUAAACUUGUUUACACACCUUUGACAGAUAAGUGUUACCUAACUCUCACUCAGGCCAUGAAGAUGGGCCUUGGAGGAAAUCCCUAUGGUCCAGCUGGAACUGGGAAGACAGAAUCAGUUAAGGCCUUGGGUGGACUUCUUGGAAGACAAGUUUUAGUCUUUAAUUGUGACGAGGGCAUUGAUGUGAAGUCAAUGGGGCGCAUAUUUGUGGGCUUAGUGAAGUGUGGUGCCUGGGGCUGUUUUGAUGAAUUCAAUAGACUUGAGGAAACUGUAUUGUCUGCAGUAUCCAUGCAGAUUCAGACAAUUCAACACGCAUUGAAGAAACACAGUCCUGUCUGUGAGAUGCUUGGCAAAAAGGUUGAAAUGGAUCAUAAUUCUGGAAUUUUUAUCACUUUGAAUCCUGCUGGAAAAGGUUAUGGAGGAAGACAAAAACUACCUGAUAAUCUCAAACAACUUUUUAGGCCAGUUGCUAUGACUCAUCCAGACAAUGAACUCAUUGCGGAAGUGAUUUUGUAUUCAGAAGGCUUUAAGGAUGCUAAAAUACUGGGUAGAAAAUUAGUGGCUAUUUUCAAUCUAGCAAGGGAGCUUCUAACACCACAGCAACACUAUGACUGGGGUUUACGAGCAUUGAAGACUGUUUUGAGAGGCUGUGGCAGCCUUCUUCAUCAGCUGAAGAAAAGCAAUGCAAAGCAAGAAAUUAAUGAAAGUCACAUGGUGGUUCAAGCUUUGAGGCUUAAUACCACGUCAAAGCUUACAUUUGCAGACUGCGCACGUUUUGAUGCACUGGUUAAGGAUGUAUUUCCUGGCACUGACUUUCGAGAUGUGGAAUAUGCUGAGUUAACUACAGCUUUACAUCAAGUCUUUGAAGAAGCAAACUUAGAAAUUAUAAGCAUGCAGAUCAAGAAGGCUUUGGAAUUAUAUGAACAGCUACGUCAAAGAAUGGGUGUAGUUAUUGUAGGUCCGAGUGGUGGAGGUAAAUCAACACUUUGGCGGAUGUUAAAGACAGCACUUGGUAAAACUGGCAGAGUAGUGAAACAGUAUACAAUGAAUCCUAAAGCUAUGCCUCGACAUCAGUUGCUAGGCCGUAUUGACAUGGACACCAGAGAAUGGUCAGAUGGUGUGCUUACAAACAGUGCUCGACAAGUGGUACGAGAGCCCCAAGAUAUUACUUCAUGGAUAAUUUGUGAUGGUGAUAUCGAUCCCGAAUGGAUUGAAUCUUUGAAUUCUGUUUUGGAUGACAACAGAUUGUUGACUAUGCCCAAUGGAGAAAGAAUUCAGUUUGGCUCAAAUGUCAACUUUAUAUUUGAAACUCAUGACCUUAGCUGUGCCUCCCCUGCUACAAUAUCUCGAAUGGGAAUGAUCUUUCUGAGUGAUGAAGAUACAGAUCUUAAUGCUCUGAUAAAGUCUUGGCUAAGAAGUCAGCCUGAAGAAUGCAGGUACAACCUCGAAAACUGGAUUGGUGACUAUUUUGAAAAGGCUCUAAACUGGGUUGUAAAGAAGAAUGACUCUGUGGUAGAAACAAGUUUAGUUGGAACGGUGAUGAAUGGACUGUCUCAUCUUCAUGGGUGUACUGAUCGUGGACAGUUUAUUAUUAACUUGUUACGUGGCCUUGGUGGCAAUCUCAACGUGAAAUCACGACAAGAAUUUGCAAAAGAGCUCUUCAGUUGGGCACAAGAGUCUCCACCAGACCCGAGGAAGCCCCUGGACACAUAUUAUGACACUGACACUGGACAGCUAAUGCUGUAUCAGCUGAAAAGAACUGAAAAUCUAACAGCUGAUGACUUCAGUAAUCUCCAAACACUUCCUGUCAUCCAAACCCCUGACAUGCAGAGAAGUUUAGAUUACUUUAGACCCUGGCUAGACAUUAAUAAUAAACAGCCAUUUCUUCUUGUGGGUCCUGAAGGAUGCGGAAAGGGGAUGUUGCUUCACUAUGCAUUUUCUCAACUCCGAUCCACUCAGAUUGCUACCAUUCACUGCAGUGCUCAAACUACUUCUCAACAUCUUCUACAAAAAUUAAGUCAAACUUGCAUUGUAAUCAGUACAAACACUGGGCGAGUAUACAGACCAAAGGACUGUGAAAGGCUUGUUUUGUACUUAAAAGACAUCAAUCUACCCAAACCUGAUAAAUGGGGAACAAGCACUCUCGUGGCUUUUCUACAGCAGGUUCUUACAUAUCAAGGAUUUUAUGAUGAAAAUCUGGAAUGGGUCGGUUUAGAAAACAUCCAAAUUGUGGCUUCCAUGUCAGCUGGAGGAACGUUAGGAAGACAUAAACUUACCUCCAGAUUCACUUCUAUUGUUCGUCUCUGUGCAAUUGACUAUCCGGAAAGAGAACAACUGCAAACAAUUUAUAGUGCCUACUUGGAACCUGUACUACAGAAAAACCUAAAGAAUCACCCUGUUUGGGGUUCUUUACCAAAAAUACAUCAGCUAGCAGGAUCCAUGGUUCAAAUAUACGAACAGGUACGAGCAAAAUUCACAGUUGAUGAUCACAGUCAUUACCUUUUUACACCAUGUAUUCUUACUCAGUGGGUUCUUGGUUUAUUCAGAUAUGAUUUAGCAGGUGGAUCAUUGAUACCAACUGCAGACUAUGUACUGGAAAUUAUUGCUUAUGAAGCACGUCGUUUGUUCCGUGAUAGAAUUGUUGGCGUGAAAGAACUUCAUGUAUUUGAUAAUGUCUUGAUGAAAGUGUUUCAAGGUGAUUGGGGCUCAGAUGUUCUGGACAAUAUGCCAGAUACCUUCUAUGUAACUUGGGGAGCUUGUCAAGAGGCAUUCAUCACACCAGGACAGGCACUGCCACCGUAUGGGAGGCCACUUGGCAGACUAAACUCAACAGACCUAAAAGAUGUUAUUCAGAAAGGUAUCAUUCAUUAUGGACGAGACAAAAAAGAGAUAGAGAUUUUACUGUUCCAAGAGGUCCUCAGUUAUAUGUCUAAAGUGGACAGAGUGCUAAGUUUUCCUGGAGGAUCACUUCUUUUGGCAGGACGGAGUGGUGUAGGUCGUCGAACAGUUACCUCUUUAGUUAGUCACAUGCAUGGAGCUGUUCUGAUUACUCCCAAAAUUUCCAGAGGUUAUGAGGUGAAGCAGUUCAAGAGUGAUCUUAAAUAUAUGAUGGAGCUUGCAGGCAUUGAAGCACAACAGGUGGUAUUGCUGCUUGAAGACUAUCAGUUGGUUCAUUCCACAUUCCUGGAGAUGAUCAACAGUUUACUGUCAUCAGGAGAAGUUCCUGGGUUAUAUAAAACGGAAGAAUUAGACCCAUUGCUAUCUCCUCUGAAGGAUCAAGCCUCACAAGAUGGAUUUACAGGACCAAUUUUCAACUAUUUCACAUACCGGAUCCAACAAAAUCUGCAUGUUGUCUUGAUAAUGGAUCCUACUAAUUUAAAUUUCACAGUAAACUGUGAAAGUAAUCCAGCACUGUAUAAGAAAUGUCAGGUUUUGUGGAUGGAAACCUGGUCAGAAGACAGUAUGAAAAAGAUACCUGAAAUGCUUCUGUAUGAUUCAGAUGAACAAGAAAAGACUGGAAAAACACAUAAGGAAGUUAAGAAAAAACAUUCAGGUGAUUCUGAUUUUCUGAAGUCAUUUCUGGCAAUCCAUGAAUCAUGUAAAAUAUACGGAGCAACACCUAGCAGGUAUAUGACAUUCCUUCGUGUAUACAGUACCAUCAAUAACAGUAAAAGAAGAGAGCUAAUAAAAAGGCAGAACCACUUGCAGGCAGGUGUUUCAAAGCUGAAUGAAGCUAAAGCCCUGGUUGAUGAACUGAACAGAAAAGCUGGAGAGCAAAGCAUUUUACUCAAAACGAAGCAGGAUGAAGCUGAUUCUGCUCUUCAAGAAAUUACAGUAUCUAUGCAGAGUGCUAGUGAGCAAAAAGCAGAAAUGGAAAAAAUUAAACAACGAAUAGCAGAAGAGGCUGCAGAAAUAGAAGAAAGAAAAAGAAAAAUUGAAGAUGAACUAAAAGAGGUUCAGCCACUGGUUAGUGAAGCUAAAUUAGCUGUUGGAAAUAUAAAGCCAGAGUCUUUGUUAGAAAUCCGGUCACUACGGAUGCCCCCUGACAUAAUCAGAGACAUACUAGAGGGAGUUCUGCGGCUGAUGGGGAUUUUUGAUACAUCAUGGGUGAGCAUGAAGAGUUUCUUGGCCAAAAGAAGUGUAAGGGAGGACAUAGAAUCCUUUGAUGCCCGUAAUAUUCCAAGAGAAAUACGAGAGAGUGUUGAAGAACUUCUUUCUAAAAACAGAGCAUCUUUUGAUCCAAAGAAUGCUAAACGAGCCAGUGCUGCAGCUGCUCCAUUAGCAGCUUGGGUGAAUGCCAACAUCCAGUAUUCCCAUGUCCUAGAACGAAUUCAGCCUUUGGAAAAAGAGAAGGCUGGCUUGGAAGCUAAUCUCAAAAAAACUGAAGACAGAGAAAAGAAGUUAGAGGAUCUUCUGAACUCUGUUGGUCAAAAAGUAUUGGAACUGAAAGACAAGUUCCAGAGUAGAACAACAGAAGCAGCAAAACUUGAAGCAGAACUAAGUAAAGCUCAGAAAACAUUAAAAGCUGCAGAGGAACUAAUAAAUCAACUCGAUAGGGAACACAAAAGAUGGAGCACUCAGGUGUCAGAGAUAACAGAUGAACUGGCUACAUUGCCUAAAAGAGCUCAGUUAGCAGCUGCAUUUAUUACAUACCUUUCUGCUGCUCCUGAGGAUCAGAGGAAAAACAGCUUGGAUGAAUGGACCAAAUCAGCAGGCCUUGAAAAGUUUGAUUUACGGCGGUUCCUAUGUACAGAAAGUGAGGAAUUAGUUUGGAAAAGUGAAGGUUUGCCUUCAGAUGAUCUUUCAAUAGAAAAUGCUCUUGUCAUCUUGCAGAGUAAAGUUUGCCCGUUUUUGAUAGACCCUUCUUUCCGGGCUACUGAAUGGUUGAAGACACAUUUGAAGGAAUCACGUUUGGAAGUUAUUAACCAACAGGACACCAACUUCGUAACUGCUCUGGAGCUGGCAGUGAGAUUUGGGAAAACACUUAUUAUACAGGAAAUGGAUGGAGUGGAGCCUGUACUUUACCCAUUGCUAAGAAAAGAUCUCAUUGCUCAAGGACCCCGUUAUGCUGUACAAAUAGGUGAAAAAACGAUAGAUUAUAAUGAAGAGUUCCGUCUUUUUCUGUCAACAAGAAACCCCAAUCCCUUCAUUCCUCCUGAUGCUUCUUCUGUUGUUACAGAAGUAAACUUUACCACAACAGCAAGUGGCCUAAGAGGACAGCUUUUGGCUUUAACUAUUCAGCAUGAAAAACCUGAUUUGGAAGAGCAGAAGACGAAACUGUUACAACAGGAAGAAGAUAAGAAGAUACAACUAGCUAAGCUUGAGGAUUCUCUUUUGGAGACACUUGCCACAUCACAAGGCAAUAUACUAGAAAAUAAGGAUCUGAUAGAGUCUCUGAAUCAAACUAAAGCAAGUAGUGCAGUCAUCCAAGAAUCACUGGCUGAAUCUCACAGACUUCAGACUUUCCUUGAUAAGGAGAGGGACUCCUAUCUCCCUUUGGCCGAGAGUGCCAGCAAGAUGUACUUCAUUAUCUCUGACUUGUCCAAAAUUAAUAAUAUGUACCGCUUUAGUUUGGCGGCUUUCCUGCGACUUUUCCAAAGGGCUCUGCAAAGCAAGCAGGAUUCAAGUAACACUGAGGAAAGAAUCAAGUUGCUUAUUGGCUCAUUGAAACAUGCAGUGUAUGAAUAUGUUUGUCGUUGUUUGUUUAAGGCUGAUCAGCUAAUGUUUGCUCUACAUUUUGUACGAGGAAUGCAUCCUGAACUUUUUCAAGAAAAUGAAUGGGAGACUUUUACAGGUGUGAUCAUUGGAGAUACCAUAAGAAAAUCAGAUUCACAAAGAAGUGUUCGUGACCAGAUUCCCUCUUGGAUAGAACACGACCGAGCCUGGGCAGUAGCAUCUUUGAAGAUUUCUCUCCCAGGUCUUUAUCAGAUACUGUGCUUUGAAGAUGAAAGUCUGUGGCACACUUUUUCUCAGAGUUCUGUGUGUGAACAAGACUUUCCAUCUACUCUUGUAAAAAGAAUUUCCUUAUUUCAGCAGGUACUUGUGGUCCAGGCUGUCCGACCAGACAGACUACAGAGUGCCAUGGCUCUUUUUGCAUGUAAAACCCUAGGCAUAAAGGAAUUAUCUCCAUCACCUCUGAAUAUGAAACGUCUGUAUAAAGAGACUAUGGAAAUUGAGCCCAUCUUGAUAAUAAUUUCUCCUGGUGCUGAUCCUUCUCAAGAGUUGCAGGAACUUGCCAGUGUUGAAAGAAGUACUGAGUGCUACCAUCAGAUUGCAAUGGGCCAGGGCCAAGCUGACCUGGCUAUUCAAACUCUAAAAGAAUGUGCACGCAAUGGAGAAUGGCUCUGUUUAAAAAACCUGCAUCUCGUUACAUCUUGGCUUCCUGUGUUGGAAAAGGAACUGAAUACAUUACAGCCUCAACCAAACUUUCGUCUGUGGCUUACUACCGAAGUUCAUCCAAAAUUUACUCCGAUUUUGCUUCAGUCAAGUCUGAAAAUAACUUAUGAAGCACCUCCAGGCCUCAAAAAGAACCUCUUGCGAACGUAUGAAUCUUGGACACCAGAGCAAAUUAAUAAAAAGGGAAAUUUGUCUCGAGCACAGUCUCUCUUUUGUUUAGCAUGGUUUCACGCUGUAUGUCAAGAAAGAAGAAACUUUAUCCCUCAGGGUUGGACCAAGUUUUAUGAAUUUUCUUUAUCUGAUCUCCGUGCUGGUUUUGACAUUAUUGACACACUUUUUGAGGGUUUCAAAGAUUUCCAGUGGGAAUUUGUUCAUGGCUUGUUUGAAAAUGCAAUUUAUGGAGGCCGUGUAGAUAAUUACUUCGAUAUGAGGAUUCUUCGGUCCUACUUGAAGCAACUUUUCAAUUCACGAGUCAUUGGCAGUUUAAAUGCUAGAGGCAAGAAGAUGACUAGUUUCCCAUGUUCGAUCUCUCUACCGAAUUCCUGCAGUAUUUUGGAUUAUCGCAAUAUUAUUGAAAGCCUUCCAGAAGAUGAUAAACCUGACUUUUUUGGCUUGCCAGCUAAUAUUGCUCGUUCAUCACAGCGCAUGAUCAGUUCCCAGGUAAUUUCACAGCUUCGGAUCCUGAGCAGGUCAGUAACUGCUGGCUCCAAAUUUGACAGAGAAAUAUGGUCUACAGAACUUUCUCCUAUCCUCAACCUAUGGAAGAAACUUAAUCAGAAUUCUAACCUGAUCCAUCAGAAGGUGUCUCCUCCUGCAGAGCAACAAGGAUCUCCAGUCUUAUCCUUCAUUACUCUGGAACAAUUCAGUGCAAUUCGCCUUGUGCAAAGUGUCCAUCAGUCUCUUGCUUCUUUAAGUAAAGUCAUCAGAGGUACCUCAUUACUGAGUUCUGAAGUACAAAGACUUGCAAGUGCUCUGUUAAACCAGAAGUGUCCUAUCACAUGGCAAAGCAAGUGGGAAGGUCCAGAAGAUCCUUUACAAUAUCUUAGAAGUCUUGUAGCUCGAGCGCUUGCUAUACAGAAUUGGGUAGAAAAAGCAGAGAAACAGAAACUAUUUUCAGACACCCUUGACCUUUCAGAGCUGUUUCAUCCUGACACAUUUCUCAAUGCCUUACGCCAGGAGACUGCAAGAGUAAUGAGCUGUUCAGUGGACAGCCUUAAAUUUACAGCUUCAUGGAAAGGACGAAUACAGGAAGGCAAACUCCAAGUUAAGAUCAGUGGCUUACAACUGGAAGGUUGCCGUUUUGAUGGAAAUCGACUUUCAGAAAAUCUGCAUGAUUCUCCCAGUGUGUCAUCUGUUCUCCCUUGUUACAUGGCCUGGAUUCCACAGGAUGCAUAUGGUCCAUAUUCUCCAGAGGAAUGCAUAUCUUUACCAGUCUACACUAGUGUGGAGAGAGACCGUGUGGUGACAAAUAUUGAUGUACCUUGUGGAGGAAACCAAGACCAGUGGAUUCAGUGUGGCGCUGCUUUAUUUUUAAAAAAUCAGUAAUGUGAAACUGCAUUAACUUGUGAAGUUAAGAAUCAUUUAAAUAUCUAAUUUCUUACUUAUUAGAAGAAAACUUUAGAUUUAUCACUUUUGUGUUUUUAAAGCAAUGUUUUAUUAAUUCCUGUUUAUUUUUUUAAGAUAUAUUGAAGUAAUUCUACUUGAAUAGAACUUCAUUGGGUCUUUGUGGGAUAUUGUAAAAGUUAACAUGGUACUAUUCAGCAAACUGCUAAUUUGUUUUUUUUUUCUCUACAUUGUAAUAUGCUCCAUUUCUUUCUAAGACUUGCUGAAAUCUCUUUUGUUCUACCCAGAAAUACUGAAUAUAAACUCAUAGUCAGCAUUUUUUCUCUGAUCUUUUUUUCAUUAUCCUUUUGGAAUCUUUUCUUCAUAUAUCUCUGUUAUUUAAUAAAAUAAAAUUAUAAAACCUUCUGUAACUGAAAUUGAAUGUUUUACUUGAAGAUAAAAGUCACGAUAAGCGUUUCAUUCUGCUUUAAUGAUGUUUUACUUGUAAUUAU